UAUAUAUCUAUAGGUAUGUGAUUUUAAAAUGUAAACAGCUCAGUCAUUUUAAGAGUGAUGUCCCAUUCAUGAAAUGGCUGCCUCCGUACAAGUUUUAUGCCCAAAUGGAAGACGACAAAACGUAAAGAUCAACCCAAACACGAAACUUCUUCAGAUUCUUGAAGAAGUUUGCCAGCGUCAAGGAUUUGUCCCCCCUGAAAACUAUAUUUUGGUGCAAGGCAGAAAGGAAUUGGAUUUGUCCUUGAGUGUGAGAUUCUCAAGUCUUCCAAAUAAUGCUAAACUUGAACUGGCAAAAGCAGCUUCUGCAAGAGUUGAACAAGAUGUCAAAAUAGCUUUACAGCUAGACUCAGGUCAGAGACUUCAGGGCACCUUUAAACCCAGCACAACGUUAUGGGAUCUAUUGCUGCAACUGGAAAAUGAACACAGUGAGCACAAAGACAUUCUUUCUAAAGUUGACAGGAGCACUAGUCCUGCUCUGCAUCCUGUUUGUAUAUUUAUGAGAGAGGAGAUAAUUGGUAUGAGAGCCUUACAAGAGAUGAAUUUGAAGAAGCUUGGCCUAACAUCAGGGAAUGCAAUUAUCAGGCUAUUACAUAGACCUGUGGAAGAGAGCAUUCUUCAAGAAAUAGAACUCAAGCUAGAGAAAGAGAAGGAAAAACAAGCCAAACUUGAGGAAAUAGCACAGAAAAAAAGUGAGUUGCAGCAGAUGAUACCAGAAGAUAACAGAUCUGAUGAGACAUCUAGUGACUUGGACCAAAAAGUGGAACAAAAAAGUCCUUCUAUUUUAGACUUGGAAUCUUCUGCUCAAAAAUAUGGUGAACCAGGAGAGUUACAUCCAGAACCAAUGGAUACUUUAGAGAAUGAAAGCUCAUUAUCUAUGUCCUCCUCUGCAUCAGAGCCAUCACCAGCAAAACAAAGACUUGCUCAUCCCAAGAAAAAUUCUAAGACAUUUACCCAUGAUUCUCAAAGCAGCUCUGCUGGUGCCACUGCCAAAACUGUCCAAUUCUCUGGUGUUACAGAAAUCACAGAUGAUGAAUUCCUAGAUCUAAGUCCCCAAGAACAAGCAAUUGCUAGACGCUUGGUUGCCAAGUAUCUCCCUCAGUCUUCAUCAGAAACAGAAGAGCCCGCCUCCUUUGCUGAUUUUAAGUUCCCAGAAGCUACUAAAGGGAUGGAUUUAUCAGGCUCUGACAGGAAACAAGUGACAGAAGAGAGUUUGCCAUCUUGUGACAGAGAGGCCAUCAUCUUCAGAACAGAUGAACCGCUCUCCCAUGAAAGCUCACAAGUGGACUCUAUUCCUGAAGACUUUUUUGAAAUCACUCAGUCAGAUGUUAAAAUUCUUUACAGAGACCUUCAGAGCGCUGUACAGCAAUUGGAAGAUCAACCGUUGAUGACCAAAGCCAUGAAAAGAGCUCAGACAGAAGCUCUCUAUGAUCAGUAUGAGAGAGUUGUGAUUCGUGUUCAGUUUCCUGAAAAAUUGACCUUGCAAGGUGUUUUCAAACCAAGAGAACUUGUUUCAGCUUUAUACAGUUUUGUUCAAGAACAUUUAGAAAAUAAAAAGAUAUCCUUCUAUCUGUAUACAACUCCUCCAAAAUUUAUUUUAAAAGACCAGAAAUCAACUCUGUCUUCUAACCAUCUUGCGCCAGCUGUUAUAGUUUACUUUGGAUCAGAUUCCCAUCAAGAUCAUUAUCUGAGUGAGACUACAAGACAAUUGUUGAAAACUAGAUUGAAGGCAGAGGCUAUUGUUAAUACAAUAUUGCAACCUUCAGUUCCUGAAUCAGAGACUAAGAAAAUAGAAGAAAGUAGACCAGCUUCAUCAAGAUCCCAAGUUGCCUCCACGUCUCAAGGAAGUCUUUCUUCAGGAGCUCAUAUUCCUAAAUGGCUCAGACUUGGAAAAAAAUGAACUGACAAGGCAAGUUUGUGUACACAGCCUAGCGUGGAAACGUGUCGAGUCCAAUGAAGAAGCAUGUGCAGGCCAGGCAGGUUCCAGUGGUGUUCAAAUGAUGCUCUUUAUUUUUUUUUCUGUUGGUUUCCUUUUUUUUUUUUUCUUCGCCCAAUUGUUCUCUUUACUAACUAAAGAAUUGAAACUUGUAUUUUCUUCAGAAUUGUAUUUAUGAACUGAAUAAAAUUUCUUAUUUAAA